AUGGAUGUCAAGGACGGGUAUGCCAAGACAGGACCGCCAGUGGAGCACGCUCAUAACGGUGCUGAUCCACCUGCGUAUACCCCUGUCGCAGGCGGCGCACCACCAAAUAGCGGACUGCCCAAGAAGCUCGCACCUGAGUUGUCACCAGAGGCUCUCGCCGAGCUAAAUUCGGCUUUUGCAUCACUCAGUGUUCCCACGCUUGCCACUAAGCCUACCGCUGAUACGUGCCUCGCGCAUCUGAAACUACUCUCGGCAUUCCAGAGCCUCAAGGAGGAUGUUGGCUAUACAGAUGGACUCUGGGACAUAUAUGACUCCCACUCGGUCACAGAAAAUAGGGACAGUGUUGAGCCAGGCGUAGAUCUGGCAGCCAUCUUGGCGAAGCUGCGAGAGAAACGAUGGGCUGUCUACAUCGCAAGAGCCGUCGACCGCUACGAAGCCUGGUGGAAUUCCUUCGUGGCCGAUCCACUGAUUGCAAGUGACAUGGAGGGCGAUAGUCCAAAGUACCUCGGCUUCCCCGAUAUCAAUGCUGCCACUAAUUGGACUGCUCUUAUGCUUCCACCUCUUGACGUGCUCAUGGUGUGGCAUGCUCACAUGCUUAACCCUCGAGUGUAUCUGGAGGACUGCAUGCGCUAUGGUCUCAAAGGGUUAUGGAAUGGGGGCAUGCCGUGGAAGAUGGUGAACGAGGCCAUCGACACGAGUUUUAACUAUACCGCCUCUGAAGAGUGCAUCAAGGCUUGGAAUAAAACUACUGGUAGGGAGUGGGACAACACCGCCGACUCGAUCACCAAGUCUCUUAGAUGUCCUGCUUGUGCCGAACCACAUCAAGUACCUUGGACCACUUGCCGUGGGCCUGGUCUUGUUGGUGACGGCUACGGCGACGGUGAAUUCUCGUAUACGUGUUUCAGGUGCGCUACUGUCAUCAACGGAGAGUUACUCGAGGUGGCCAAGUUCGUCAAGGAUGUCAAGGAUCUUCUAGCCAAAGACUGUCCUAUGCCCGGGACCAUACUGGACUUCAAAACAGGCAAGCCGGAACAACUUACAGCUCGAGACAGUCAGGUGUUCCCUCAAGAACGGCUGUUCCCCAACCGUCUGCUUCAGAGAUACCUACGCAGUGCGAUACUCGAAUUGGUGGACCCCGGUCGCGAAUCACCCGCUUCAAUGGAGGAUGUCCGUGUUUUGAUCGAGGAUGCAAUCAAAGACCAAGCAGUUCUGAAGAAAGUAGAAGGAAUCGAGGGUUUAAAAUUCAGAGGGUAUUACAGACUCACAACAGAGGGGAGGAUCUCAAUCAGGAAGAUGAUGUCUCGUUACUGGGGAAACUUCUCUCCUUUUUCUUUGGAAUUAGGUGGUGCGGUCCUGCGGCAGGGCAUAUUCGCAGAGAAGAUGCACAAAAUCGAUUGGCUUCAUAGCCCGACUGCCAAAGACACUAUGGAUCGACUGAUAAUCAAGUAUCAACGAUUCUUCCAGAUGAUGGGUGCCAAUCGAGACCAUAUCCUUGUACCUACGCUGGACGUUGACUUGGCUUGGCACACCCACCAGCUCAGCCCUGCUGUAUACUAUCAAUACACUGUCGCCAAAACCCAGGUUUUCACCGACCACGACGACAAGAUCAGCGAAGAUAAGCUGAGCGCUGCUUUUGAAUGGACGAGCAGGACCUACCAAGCAGACUUUGGCGAAGUUUACAGCGAAUGUACCUGCUGGUAUUGCGAAAGCAUUCGUUCUUCUCACAUCUCAUCUAUGGGAAAAUUGCUUGGUGUAUCCAAGAAUGAGAAGAUUGCCGAGAACUUCUACACCUCGGGACAGGCAAACAUGUGUCCGCCAGAUAAAUCAGCCCACAUCUCAGCCCACAAUGCCGUCAAGAUGGACACAGACGUGAGCAGAGAUAGCAUCCAGGCCGCGACGUAUCGUUCAGUGCACCUCGCGCAGGUCGCCCGCAUCGACGAGAACUACAAGAAGGCCAAGAGGCGAGCGGCGAAGAAGGGACGUACCAUCCCGCCGCGUGACGAGUACUAUUAUUAUUGGGGGUAUCCGUACAUGGUGUACGGACCGUGGAUGUAUCCAGUGACCCCCGGAUUCUACUAUGCAGAUCCAUGCACAGCUGCCAUUGGCUCAGGAGGCACAGGCGCGUGUGCUGGCGGAACUUGCGGGAGCGGAGGGGCGGCCGGCGCUUGCGCUGGAGCAGCAGCCGGAGGCUGCGGAGGCCCAGGCGGUUGUGGUGCAGGAGGUUGCGGUGCUUCUGGCGGUUCGAGCGGUGGUGGCUGCGGAGGUGGAGCUUGA